GCCAUCGAAAGCAGCAGAUUUACGCAGGAUGAUGAUGACGUCAGCAGGAAUUACUGUGCUGUGUGGCUGUGUGGCUCUGCUCCUGACCCUGACUUCUGUGUCAGCUGUAAGACGAACACUCAAUUCAAUCAAUGAUUUGAUGUCAGUAGGCUUCGGCCAGUCUGUGCCGAUCCACAGUCUUGUGCUGCUCCACUGGUUUGCCAACACUGUUAACAUUGACAGAAACGAUGUCAUACAUCUGACCUUUAACCCAAAGCAUGAUUAUGGGUCCCACUAUUAUGGCAACAGUGGGGGGCUGUUUGAACUAUCGCUGGGAUCCACAUACUACACCAUUGGUAACAUCAAUGAAUCAACAGCAGCCCAAUUACCACCUCAUGUCCGAGCCCAGUCAGGACAUGGAAACAGAGUUCGAGUCGUUAUUAGAGUCAGGGAGGCAUAUGGAGUGCGACAAGUAGAGCAUGUCUAUAUCACGCAGCAUUAUCACCAAUUUAACUAUCGAAGGUCAGAUUAUGAUCCAGAUCAAACGUACGAGGUCACUACCAACCUCUUAAGAGAGAUCAGAGAGUUUUCUAUGGACAGUCAUGACAUGAUAUCAUUAAGGUAUCUUAGGGAUCGCUUUGGACGCAGGGCUAAUGAUUCCCAGUUAGAAUGCAUCAGAAACAUGUGGGGUCACCUUGCUUCUCUCGGACUGUUGUUCCACAUUGUGGGGUAUACUGGGCCAGUACAAUCCUACUGUAACCAAGCCCAGUUGGCAUCAAGAAGAAAUGAUUCAUGGAGCAACAUUCAAGACUGUCCAGGUUUCUUAUGUCGUUUGUUGUUAGUAGUUGUUUUGGUAUUUUCUGUUUUGUGUUUUCUUUUGUUAGCAGCAGCAAAUAAAAAGUGAGUAAACAAUGUGAAGAGAAAACUUGUUCCAAGAUAGACUCAAACUAACUGUAACUGUUGGACCAGAAAACCAUCUGGAUCUUUAUUUUGAACAUGGUCUUCACUUGGUUUGGAAAAAAACAAUUAGCCAGUUGCAACAUCUGUACCACUAGAUGACUGAUGAGAAAUUUUGUAAAAGUGUUAUAAAACUUUCCACUUUUCACUUUUUAUUUUUACUCUCUAAUAUGAGUUAAUUUUAUGCUAAGUUUGAAAGUUUUAAAUGGAUAGACCCACAGCAUACUUGCAGUAAAAAUCAAUAUUUUGUAUAUUAGCUACUCAAAAUGGUUCUUACUGUGUAUCAUCUGUACAAUGUCUCCUCAUGUGUAAUCUAACAGUAGUUACUCCCAGCAGAUUCAUCCAGUGAGGCUCAAGGACAAUAAUGCUGAUGGAGGAAUGACAGACAUGUUGAUUAAGAGUGUAUUUGACUGAUGCUUUUGCAUUUUCUCUGUAAUCUUGAAAAUUUUGUGCUCAUUAAACUGUAUUUUCAA